UUUGCACUUCAUCGAGUUAUUUUUAAUUUAGCGUAGGUACUUUGAAAAAAAUAUUUUAUUUAAAUAUUAUAAGAAGAAAGAAGACCAGAAGCAGAUAGUUUGAAAAGUCAUAUUUUCCCCCCUGGAAAUCAGUGAUCUCGUUUAACUUACACUUUGGUUCGGGGUGCUACUAUCAUCGGAAAAAAGAGAAGAAACAGGAAGAAAAAAUCAGUGAGUUGUCAUGGAAUUCCUUACAUAGAAAUAAUCAUGAGUAUAAUCUAAUCGCCUGGAGAGCAGUCAGUGCCCGCUGCGCAAAGUGCAGCUGCAGUCUCUCUUCACUUACUGCACUUGAGUGCACGCGCAUGCAAGCAGUGCCAAUACCCAUAGGUCGGUUAAAAUGCAUUACAUUCUCUUGUGAGUCGAAGUUCUCCCCUGAGUUUCUACGCCAAUGUAGACCUCAGCAGGUCUGCUCGGACCGUUUAUUGCGUUCGAUCUUUGCUCACACAUCAGGUUGACUAAUGGUAGUGUCCUGUUGGUAUUGGUUACAAGAGGUGUUCUUCAGCAUUGAGGAUACCACAAAAAUAAAAGAAAGGAGAAUGAAAAACUUAAUUCGGCCGAGAGAUAACUGUAUCCCUUGAAGAUGUUAUCAAAUUGCCAACGGCGAAUUCGGCGAUUCACCAAUUACCCCAGAGGAGUGUUACCGAGCACUCAGUUUUCCCAUUGUUUUUAGUUUGCUCAAAAGACGGGGCGUAGAAAACAAGAAUUACAAUGCAUGUAGCAUAAACAAGUAUGUAGCUAUAGCGUGUAUGAGUAUGCUGUACGGUCUAAAAGAGGGAGAGAGAGAAAGAGAGAAAAGAAAGAAAGCAAGCAAAGCGAGUAGAAGUAACAGUCGAACGCCCGACUACCUCCCCGUCUUCUCUCCCAACCCCCGCAAGUCUCACGAGACGAUGAACGCCUCCGGUUCUUCAGUCCUGCGUGAACGGCGUUCGCGUUAGAAUCAAGUUGAAUUAUUUUUUUAUUGUUGUAUGUUUUAUAACAUAAUAUGAUAACGGCAUAGAUUGCGCGUCUGUGUAAUAAUUUUUCUAUCUUAUUCAAUGUACUGUGACAGGUGCGGGUGGACAAAUUUUCUCUCUGCCUGUUUUCAUGCUCAAACGAGUAAGGAUAUUUUGUGUUGAAAAAACGACGUUGGGUGGCACGUGUCAAAUGCGUUAACAAUCGUGUGCUGAUUUUUCCAAUUUUUUCAUUCUAUUUCAACUUGAAUCUUUGCCCAUAAGUUUUAUUUUCAAUCUUCCGAAAUAUUGUCGUGAUUUGAAUACAUAGUGCAGGUUUUUGCGCGGAUGGAUAACGUGGAUAUUAUUAACUGCGUAAAGAAGAGCGAAUGUGAGCGACUCGUAACGGGUACAAAAUGGCCACCAGUGGAGUUGGCGAUGGAGAUUUGAUCGACCUUGGUAGCGGGAUCUGCGUAUCAGCGGUUGAUUCGAAUUCUUUGAUCCAAGUAGAUCCAGCGGUGCGAGGAUCGGUCGUCGCUUCCGAAUUCUUCGAUAACGAAGAUGAUCUGUCCGGAGAACACGAGCACCUGUUGGACGUGUGUCCGCCUAGAUUGGAAGAAAAAUUAUCACUUUCUCAAAAACGCGAGCUCGACGUUCUUCGUGAAUCCGAAGAGACGGACGUCCUAGUGACCUUGGGACACGACAAGGUCGUACCCGUAGCCAAAAGAAUCGACGUUGUUUCGUCGGAUACCAUUAAAAGGGUGAAAGAUAUAACGAAAAAUUUGGAACCGGUUAUUCGAGGCGCAGCGGGUAACGCCGCAGUAAAUAAAUUUGACGCAGGUAUCGAUAUCGUUGAUAAUGGAAAAAUUGGGGAGUCGAGUGCAGACGUGGAUAUUUUUAUACCCGAUGAUCAUUCCGCGGACACCUUUGAAACACAGGAGAUAAAUAACGCUUUUGAAUUUUUAACUGAACUCGAUGACUGCAACGACGACGACGAUGUCGACGAUCAACUGGAGGAUUUGGAAUACGAAGAAUUGGGAAUUGGAAACGAGAACGAAAAUCGGGAGGAGGACAUUAUGAACGAAUCGAUUUCAUCCGAUGGACCGUUGAUAGGGGACGAAAUCUCUCUUUCAAAUUAUCCCCUGGAGCCGACUUGUUACGUUGAAACUUUUGGUCCAGGUUUCAAAUCCCCCAAAAACGAUGUGCCGCAGUUAUCCAAACCGUACGCCGUCCCGUUCGGUUUUUCAAGGUCAGAUUUUUCAGGGAAAAUGAAUUGCGAUGGCGAAAAACUCAUAGAAAGAUCUUACUCCGAUCAAUUCAACGGCGAUUUUGAGAAUCCGGCCUUCGAAAUAUCGCCUCCAAAAUCGAAAACCGUUCCCAGAAAUUUUGAAAAAAACUCUUGGAAAGAUUACGCGCUUCCGGAGGUGGAAGCAGUCGAUGCGGGAGCAGCCCGCGAACGAUUUUUAAAAUCGCAAUCUCUACGCGCUCGGAAAAGAUCGGCGGAAAAUCACGAAGACCUCCGACGUCGCGACAAAGAAAAUAUCCUCAACGAGUGCAACGACGAUAAAAUCGGUAAAUCGACGCGGUCGAAACUGGACAGAAAAUCUUGGAGCGAAGGGACCACCGCAGGAAUUCCAAAAGCAGAACUCAGAGCUCCAAGAUCGACCAGUUUCCACGUUGGCGCGGAAGGACCUUCGACCUCCAAUGAAGCUAGGACGAUCCUUCAACACUCCGACGUUUCUCUUGGGAUGGAGAAGGACGAGGAGUCAUCAUCCUCGUCGUCGUCGUCGUCGUCCUCGUCCUCCUCUUCGCUGGUCUCGGCGUCCGAGGUGUCUUCGGAGGUCGAUUGGUCUUGGGUCGAGGAAGUGGAGUCGUCGCGGGCGAAAGCCCGCGCCAAAGAAGAGGAGGAAAAUAUCCCCACCUCGAAAACUGAAGCGACAGGGCGCGUGCGUCUCGGCUGUAAUUCCGCUCGCAAUUCAACUGACAGUAUCGUACCGAUGUCUGCCGCACCAACGGGGAAAUCUUCGCCCGUUCCUGCGGAGGAACUUUUCACGCUGGGACGAGUUUUGACCGACGACGAUUUUUUCACGAGCUCGUCGACGAACGCCAACAACGUCGGCGACACCAAUGGCGGCGGCAAUUCCUCGACGAACACCUCGUGGGUCAGAGCUUCCAUGCGACGUCUGCGUCACCUUCGAUUACCGGAAGCAAAUAAUUUUGGGGAUUCGAGAGAAACGCCGACGUCCUCCGGUAACAAUUCGUCCGUUCACACGAGUGUUCCUAAUCCGCAGUUCAACGUUUUUCAACAAAUAUCGGUCGCUGCAACGGCGACCCCGACGACCGUUGGAAAUUCGUUGCCGGACAUAGCGUUAAUUGCGCCCGAAAUAUUGGCGGCCCAGACGAAUUUCGGUAGCGUUAGUAGUGGUAGUAAUAACAAUAGCAACAACGGUAAUAUUAACGUGAAUAAUUUGAGGCCCGCGAGUGCACCGGCGCCGAGAUCUUCGUCAGUUGUCGGUGUCACGGGGACGUCAACGUCGCCCGGGAGAGGAAGACUUCACGGAGGGAGAUCCAGGGGUCGGAUUGUCAACAAUAGUCAAAAUUUAAACUCGAGGAGAAGCAGCGUGAACUCCAGAAAUACCCCUUCCGAUAAUUCUUCGUGCUCGACAACGUCGUCGGGCACCUCAACCGCUACUAGCAACACUUCCAGUCCCACCAAUACACCGCAACAUACCGCGGUCAACGCUACUUCCGCCAGAAGAGUCUGCGAAAGACAAAGAGGAGCAGAGAGGGAUGAUGACAGAGGUGACGAUGACGACGAAGAUGAGAAUCCCCUGGGUAGAUGGCCACAUGCGUUGAGUCCAGCUUUAGCGUGUCUUGGCUGCACUCUUGGACUGUUUAACAUCAGUCGAUUCGCCAUUCUCAGCAUACAGUUUGGGGCAAACUUCAUUGUCCAGUUCUUAGUCUUGUCGUUGGUACUUGGAAUCCCGUUAUUCACACUCCAAGUAUGUUUGGGUCAAAGAUUAGCUGCGGGCGCGGUGGAUAUGUGGAAGAUUUCCCCUCUGUUUCAAGGAGUUGGAAUCGCCCUGCUUACUGCACAGGCGUUCAUUGGCAUAUACAGUAUCGUUGGCAUUUCUUGGAUGUUCGUUUACUUCAGGGAUUCGUUCAUCACAAAACAAGACAGGUAUCGAUGGGCUGAACCUUUUCUGCUAUAUCGGGAAGAUACCAAACCCAUGCACAAUGGAACUCCAUAUAAAUUACAAGAAACUGUUCCGGACUACUUCAGUGGGGCUGUACUUCAAAGACAUCAUCUGAACGAACCAGAGACUGGAAUUGUGACCCUAAAAUUUCAAGUUGCGUUCAACCUCGCUGUUGUGUGGAUGAUAGUAUUCGUUUCCCUGAGCAAAGGUUUAAGAUCCUACGGCAAAGUUGUCUACGUAUUUACGUUGGUACCAGUUUUUGGAACGCUUGUACUUUGCGCCAAGCUCUUAGGAUUGACUCCUACUGGUUCGAUUCAUCAGCUUUUCCCAGCUACUGUAUGGAACGAAUUUUUUACCAACGGAAAAUCGUGGAUGGCAGCAUCCACCGAAGUUUUUCUUACUUGGGGUCUCUUUGGAGCUGCUGCAAUGCAGAUAGCUGCCCACAAUAAGCACAAGCAUCUCCUUCAGCGUGACACGAGUCUGGUGGUCGUUUUGACGUUUGUAGUCCUUCUGCUUUCCGCAUUUCUAGCGAACACUUGCGUCCAAAUACUCAGGCAUCACGGAUACGUUUACACGACCAGUUCCUUCGAAAGCAUAUCGGGAUAUACCUUUAUGCACCCCGUUAAUCAACCUGUGCAUCCGGGCCAGGUUAGUACCCCGGAACGUUUUAUGAAUCACGCUUCAUUUCUCGCUGGCCAACGUGUCGUCAGAUACGGAGCAGAUCUGGAAACGGAAUCUGGUUAUCAAGUUUUAAGACUCGCUACGGAAUUAGUACCAGCCACCUUGGCGAUGUUGGGGUCUGAACAGGUCUCUCCGUUUUGGGCAGUUCUGUUUUACUUCAUUCUUAUACUAUUUGGGAUAGCGCAACAGCUGGCGAUAUGGCAUUGCGUUAUCACCGGUAUAAUGGCCAUUAAUACGAAAAUGAUGAAACUGUGGGAAACGACAAUCACAUUUUUCAGUUGCGCUUGUGGCUAUAUUUUGGGGCUGCCUAUGGCUACAGAGUUUGGUAUCUAUGUCGUUUAUUAUUUGGACUACACAGUCGGCGGUGCAUGGUGGAUCUUGGUACUCUAUCUGGUCGAAGUUGGCGCAGUCUUUGCAGUCAGGGGACGACCACACACCGGUGAAGCUGUAGUCGCCGAACUCUUUCCUCCUACCGGAAGGUGUCUCAGGCAUUGGGCUGGACCGUUGCUUUCUUUCACAUGGAACGUCAUUCUGCCCGUUGCACUGAUGGUGCUGAGUAUCAUGAUCUUCAAAAGUAGCGGCUUCCGGGAUUUGUACACCUAUCGGAGAACUAACAGAGAUUAUUGGGCUGUCUGGACCAGACAACUUGGUGCAGCGAUUCAGCUCAUACCUAUUCUGAUGAUUCCCGUUGUCGCCGUGAUCCAGACUUGUAGAUACUUGAACAGUGGACCGCCAGACAUAUUCGAUGUAAGGGUUCGAAACGAACCGAUGGAAGUUAACGUAAGUCAUUGCGCUCAAUGCAACGGAAGAAUUCAGCUGCUCUACAGACCGUCUCUCGAACAGGACGAUUCGGCUGACGGUCAAACCCAAGUGGGAAGUGACACCGCAACGAGCAUUCACGGAAACGGCGUUCUACCAUCCGCGACGGAAGUACCAUUCGAAGAUCCACCACCGAAAUACACCCCUCCGCCGAGCUACACCACAGCAACCGGAGCCAGAAUAGCUAAAAUGUUUCGUCAGAGCUUUAGAAGAAGCGUCAGAAGAAUAGCCAACGUUUUAGGAGAGAGUAGCACUCCGAGGUCAAGGCCAGCGCUCCAACCGCCGCCGCCGGAUUACGCUGCUGUUCUGGUUGAAAUGAAUCAGGGGAUACCGUCGAGAGAUAUUUCAAUAAUCGUUACAGAGGCUGGACCUGAUGUAACCGACGUAAGAAACGGAAGAACGAAUAGUUUGGAAAGACGUAGACCAAACACGAUCGAUAGAACAAUGAGAAUAAGUACAAUAGACAGAAGUGCUACCGAACGUACACAUUCGACGAUGGAUAGAAGCCGUAGAGCACAAACAAACAAUGGUAGUUCUAAUUUAACCGCUGCCGAUGUGGCUAAUUUGCUACGUAGCAGUAUUAGGAGAGGAACUUCUCGUAACCAGCAGUCUUUGCACAGAAGUUUUACGAGCAACGAACCAGCUGCUGCGAUUUCGAUCGAAAAUUUAGUUGAAGCAGCCGCUCCUAUAGGCCAAGAUUCGUUGGUUCUUCCUAAACAUGAGUCUCUAGUCUCCGAGCAAGACGAAAACGAUGUUAAAAAGACUGUCGACGAAACGGAAAAUGAUGCUACUGUGAUAUAAACCGGCAAUUAGCGAUUACGAAUUUUUAAUUCUCUUUUUUUAUUUUACGAUUAAAAAUUACACGUUCGUGCAAUCUGAAUUUAUUUAAAUUUCACAGGGUCUCAUUACAACUACUCUCCAGUCGAGUCACCGGGUCGAUAAUUUUUAAUCGUCCGACUCGAUGUUCACAUCACUACGCUACAUAUCCGUGUCAAUUAUUAUCACGUUUGCGUUCAAUCAAUUUCACGGUACGCACCUGUACUUACAUUUAUGAAUGGUUGAAAAAUUUGGGAGUCAAAGUUUCAAUUUUCAGCCUUUAACUUUUAAGAUGAACCGAGUAACAAAUGAUGAGUGUUUCCGUGUCGAUCGAAAAACCUUUGGAAAAUUUGUUCGGAAGCAUUUAAUUUUUUAAUUCACUAGACUAUUAUCAUAUAAUUGCAAUGAAUUUUACUAUUCCGUUGAAAAUGAGAUUAUGCAAACUGUGCUUUGUUGUAAUAUAUUAAUUUUAUACGCUUCUUCUAUUAUCGGAGACUUGUUAUGUAAAUACAUUAUUAGUAUUUUUAUGAUAUAGUUGAUAAUCAUUAUCUAAUUAGCUGUAUAAUUACACGAUUACCGUUCAAUUUAUAGUAACUAUUUUAUUGUUACUUUAUAUCAUUAUUUUCAAUUUAAGAAUGUUUAGUCCGUCCAGUGUGUCAAUGUUAGUCUCAGCAGGAUAUUUUACGUGCACGUAUACCGUUACUUCGACUAUUAUUUUUGGCAAUUCUUGCGCUACUAUUGAAGUGAAAAAAACCAUAUCCGCUUAUGUGAAUGCAUGAAAAUAAUGAAACAGGAUUAUUUAUCGCGUCCAAAUUUUGAGAUAGAAAAGACUUUAAUUAAAAAUAUAAGUACAUAUACGACAUCACCAUUUAUAGUUCCACAUUUCCUUUUUACUCUCGGGUGUGAAAUGGAGAUGUUAUCUUAGUGUGACCUUUAUGAAAAAAAUUUCCUACGCUAAAGUGUAACUGCUAUACCUGAUAUAUUAUGGACCAUAAUAAAAUUUUUAUGUUUUUUUAGUACCAAAUUA